AUGGCAUCUCCAUCUCCAGACAAAAGAUCGUUUCUCAUAUCCAAACUGCUUUCGUAUCUACUCAGGCAUGGAGCAAUCAAAGAGAAGCUACCAAUUGACGCUCAGGGAUGGGUUUCCGUCUCCAGUAUACUCCAGAACAAUCGCUUGAAGAGUUUGCGUGCUACCCAACAGGAGAUUGAAGAGAUUGUGGCCUCGAACGAUAAACAGCGGUUCAAAUUGAAGGAAGAGGGUGGUAAACUAUUCAUUUGUGCGAACCAGGGACACACUUUGGCACAAGUUACCCCCGAUUUAGUACUUCUUACUUCAGAGACAAUGCCUACAAACGUCUAUCAUGGAACAUACGUGAACAAACUCAAAAUGAUUGAGGAUAAGGGCUUGAGUCGAAUGAACAGAAAUCAUAUACACAUGACUUCGGAUGCAGCAUGGUCUGUCCUGGGAAUCAGAAAGAAUUGUUCUGUUCUUAUCUACAUAGACACAGCCAAGUGCUUGGAGGAUGGGUACAAAUUUUGGCGGAGUACCAACGGAGUGAUAUUGUGUGAGGGAAAUGAGAAUGGAUGUAUUCCACGGCAAUAUUUCAGAAAAAUUGAAAAGGUGGCUAACUAG